AUGGCGAUCGAACAAGAGGCAAAAAUACACACAUUUAAGGGCAUUAUUUCUCGAGUUACAUUUGAAUUUGUCCUAGGGAUUCGUGAUAGAGUAAGCAAUGACAACCAGCUUUAUGAAGCGGCUGUCAAGAUUGCCUGCGAAGUAAACGUAGUUUUGGGGAACCUAGAAUGGUGGCAACGACAGUCUUGUGAUGGGCUGCGGGACCCACCAAGCAACUGGUUUAUAUUAGGAAACGGUCAAGGCCGAAAUCAACGCAGUGGUAUAAUUGGGGACGUAACUCAACAUAUUCAUGAAAGUCUUGAGGCUGCAGAUAAUAUUGAGUUCAAAGUACACUCUAAAAAAUGCACAACAAGACAAGCAGGCAGUCUAAUAAAUGAAACAAAAUGCAAAAAGACUUGUCAAUGUCUUAAUGAGAACUUUGGACGAUGGAAAAACAAUACGUGGCAACCAUUUUACUCAGAUGAAUGGAAUAUCAAUUUGGAAGUUUCUAAAACACGACCAAAAAAAGUCAACAAAGGAUACCUGUUUAUAUAUGGAGAUUCUGUUUCUUUCCGCUUUUGGGGUUCUAUUAAACGAAAAGAUGUUUGUAGGUCUUCAUUCAAAGCUUGCAGAGUUUUUCGCCAAUGGAUAUAUCCUAUUGGAAACACUGAGUUUUUAAAAAUGGACGACUACGACUUUUGUCCCAACAUUGUCAUAUAUUACAUAAAAAAGGUUCUAGGAAGUGAACUAAUAAAAAGAAAGGAAAACGUGUUUAUGUUAAACUUUGGACUUCAUUACGUACGAAGUGUUAAUUUUACGACAUUUAAAAAGCUUGUUGAUGAUGUAAUAGUUGUGUUGCAGAACCGUACAAAGGAGCUCAAAACCAAUGCAACAUUUGUUUGGAAAACUACAACAGCAAUCCGUCAAGGACGUGGACACAACACUGCCUGGAGGUUUUACACACAACAGAGAUUAACGCUUUUCGACGCGUACGCCAUGUCAGAAAUGUGUAAAGCUGGUUUCUACGUAGCUGACGUGUUUCCACUGAGUGCAUCAUAUUUACCUGGACCAUUUGAUUCUACUCAUUAUCGUGACAAUGUGUUUGAGUCGUUGGGAAGAGAUUUAGAGCUUUUUUCGAUUGCUGGUUUGGAUUAUCAACCAACAAGGGUGUGCAUUGAAUAAGACUUUCUCACAAGUACAGACAAUCAAACGUAUUUUUCUUACAUUUAUACAUGUUCUAUCUUACAACUAAUACUAGUGCUUAUUAAAAUGUAUCAAUUGAUACCGUGCAAGUGCACAUAUCUUUUUGAUUAAUACAAAAUAACUAGU